CAAUUGCUUGGGCUGGUAUUGGGCUGAUUUUUUCAUUCUGUCAAAAUAUAAAAAAAAACAUCUGAAUCAAGAGCCCAGAUUAGAGAGAAUCUGAGAAUGACGACAUCUUAUUGCUUCGCUCUUGGCCGACGAAUCUCUUCGACAUUUCAUCUCUUCGCCCUUUCCUCUUCUUCAACGGAUCGAUCAAUCGUCACCGUUAUCAUGCAUGUUUAAUGAAUCCUCUGCAAAUCUCAUUAAUGGUUUCGUUUCGUCUAUCUCUUUCUGAGAUUCUAUAUAUCCUUCCUAUUUUCCCCAUUUUUUUACACACAAACAUCUCUCAGACCAUGAAUUCCAACAGACAAACCCCUGUUUCCGGCGAUCUUACCGCGAAGAAACCGAACGGAAAAGAUGUUGUCUCCUCCGCCGAGCCUGUUAGACGAGUCGGCAAAACUGGAGUUUCUCUCUCUAAAGCUGAUUCCGGUGAUGCAAAGUCCAAGAAACCAAACGGCAAGGCUGUUUUCUCCUCCGCCGAUCCGGUCAAUCAAGUCGGUCCAACCAGAGUCUCCCUCGCUACAGCUGUCUCCGGCGCUCCAAAGUCUAAGAAACCAAACGGCAAGGCCGUUGUCUCCUCCUCCGAUGAGAUGAUGUUCUUCAGAGAUGUCAAGUUUGGACCACAAGAAGGUCAGAUAACGUUUCGUCUGAUACAUUUUUGGGAGGCUCGGAACGCACACACGAAGGUUCUUUUGGGUCUUGAGAUGCUUCUGAUUGACGGACAGGGUACUGUGAUCCAAGGGUUCAUCCCACCAAGCAGGAUUAAGAUCUAUUUGCCACAGAUGGUCGCUGGUUCCAUCUACAGGCUUAUCAACUUCUAUGGAUCUAAAAGCAAAACUGUGUACCGAGUUGCUGAGCCAGACGUGGUCAUUGCUUUCUCAUGGAAUUCUAUACUCACCGUUUGCGGGAACGGUCCUGUUCAGUUUCCUGUGGAUCGGUUCCGUUUUUAUGGUUAUGAAGAUUUUGAAGCGGCCUGUGACCUCAAGGGGGAUCUUCAUGAUUUUCUCGGUCACAUUAAACUGGUGAAUGAGCUUCCCUUGAGUGACAGUCUUGUGCUUGAUGAGGUCGAGAUAGUUUCUUCAAAGCGAAUUCUGGUUCAUGUUCAGACGCAAGAUGGUCCUGUUAUGAAACUAUACGUAUGGGACAAAGCCGCAACAGAGUUCUGUGAGAAGUUUAAAGCGCUUGGAAAGCCUCCAACUGUUAUUCUGGUGACUACGCUGAAUCCAAAACGUGUUGGAGGUGCUUUAACUCUGUCGUCUCUAUCAUCCUCGCGUGUGUUUUUUGAUAUGGAUGUUGAAGCAACCAGGGAAUAUCUGGCUUGGUAUGAAUCGAACAUGGAUGUUGCUAAUAGAGUUAAUGCUGAAAUUGUUACCAAGGCUGAGACAGCUACUAUAGGGGAUCUACUCUCAUACAUGAAGCAGCAAGAGGCAAAGGUUGCUUGGUUCGAGUGUUCAGCCACUAUUGAUGAUGUUGUGAGUGGUUCGGCGUGGUAUUAUAUUGCUUGUGGUGGGUGCAAGACUAAAGCAACUAAAGGGCCUACUACACUUAUGUGUAAGAAGUGCGGAAAGACUGAGAUUGACGGUGCUGCAGAGUAUCUCACGAAGCUCUCUGUCUAUGACAAAAAUGAUCACGCAAGCUUUGUGCUUCUCGGUGAUGCUGGGUUUGAAUUGACUGGAAAAAAAGCUUCGGCAUUGGUCGAGAGUUACUUUGAGGCCAACGAAAGCGUUGGAGAUAAUCAUGUAGUCCCGGUGCCACAAGCUCUGAUUGAUACUAUUGGACAGACCCGCACCUUCGUUAUCAAGAUUUCACAACACAAUCUGGAUGGCAAGACCCAAGCUUUGACUGUCACCAAGGUUCUCUCUCCUGAAGUUCCAGCACCUGAAAGCAUCAUAGAGGAAAACGUGGAUGAGGUACCUGUUGAAGAAAGGGGUGAAUCUGCAGAUGAGACUGUGAAAAGGAUCUCUGAUGAGAUUGAGUCGGGAGAGACCAAGCGUGCCAGAUGUGGCUAAUGGAUUUUUAGUGCUGUUUUUCUUUAUCUUAAUAAAGGCUGUGCUUUGUUUCUUUCUUCUUUUGGACUUUGUUAUUGCAGCAUUUGAACCUUGGUGUUUUUAAAGACUAUGCUUUGUUUUCUUCUUUUUUUGCUUAUUGCUUAUGUUGUGUUGCUUUGUUUCAUAGUUUCACGUUGAUAUGAUAUUUUCCGUGUUGCUAAAACUUUUGUUUUUUUAUACUUAUAAUGUAUUGUGAUGGACUUCUCAGUCU